CCCAGUAUUGACCAGGUCCAGCCUUGUGUAUCUUCUGGGUGUAGGACGAUUUGUCAUUUAAUUGAAGCGUUGAUUUGAGGAUCUCUGGAUAGUGUGCUUUGAUAGUACAGGUACCUGUUGGGCUUUUUUACCUGUGUGUUCUGAAGACCCUUCAUUUCUGAGCAGAAUUUAUUAAACUGAAUAACCAGUCAGUGGGGACAGUUUUGUGUAGUUCAGUGAGUUUUCUUUUCUGCUUUGUAAAACAAAUGUAGAUGUGAUUUCAUUGAGCCCCGAAGGUCCUGCACAUUAUGCUAAUUUGUCAUUUGUAGCUGGUAGUUAAAGGUGUCUGUACCUGAAAAAUGGCUGAAUGGUUUACUAAUGCAACAGGCUGUGCACAGGGGUGUAAUGUCAAUGCCAGAACAUGCUGGAGCUGUCAUUCAUGACAAAGGUUAACCUUAACUCUGCUAAUGGCUUCCUCUACUUUUGUUCAGGCCUAGUUUCAUAAACUAGUAAUACAUUGCAUGGUUAACAGAAGCCAUUAUCCAGUCUGGCUUACACAAUACACAGUUCACAUUGUGUAUGAAUAAGGAGAACUCCUGCAGGAAGAGUACACUAAAAAUUAUAAAGAAAACUCAAAUCAAAUGUGUUGAGAUAAACAGGAUCAGAAGGCUUGAACAUUGUACAUACUGCAUACUGUAGACUGUCAAAGAGGAAUAAAUAGAAAAAGGAAGAAGUCAUUACAUUUCUUAAGGAAUAGGACAGUUGUGACAACUCUACAAGUUCAGUUUUCAACUAGUAGUUUAUUGCCAUAGGUACAGGUACAUUGGAAUUAUACAUGUCCUUAUUGCUAAAAAGUGUUUAAAUAACACACCUGGUAUUACUCUGUAACGUUAUUACUGCUCACGCAAUGCUUAUGAAUGAUGUUUAUUAAAAACAACUGGAGUCAAUGCAUUGAGUUCUUGUGCUGUAACUAGAGAGUGCUACCACACAGGGUAUUGUAGAAAUCCUGUAAUCCCAAGAACAUGCUUUGUAGUGUUGUUUUGAAUGAUAUAGUCAUUACUCUUUCCUAGCAAUGCUCCUCGGUUAUCUGUUAACACCUCAGGCCUGGGUGCAGUGCUUGGAUUUUGAAGAUUCCAGGCCUUUGUUGUUUUAGAUUAAUCCUGCAUUCCGACAGCGGAUUACAUGGUGACAGAAACAAAGUAAAAAGAGUUUGAUGAAUUGGAAAGGAUGUGAUGUUCUGUUUUUAUUCUAAAAAGGGGCACGUGACUUUUAGGCUGGUCAUGAUGAACAGCUAUGAGGGCAAAAAAAGGCAAUUUGAAGUUUUGCAGCAUAUAUGUACUUUUUUUUGGAGUUAUGCUUUGAUGCCUUCUAUUUGAAUUUUUCAGGUUAAUUGGUCAGUUUUCUAGGAACAUUACCACCCCUAAUAAACACAUUUUUCAAUGUGAGACGGUGGCUGUCCGGGCCCUGACUAUGCCUCUGGCCCGAACAGGUGGAGUACAUGCUGGUCGCCAUGGACCAUGAGCACAAGAAGGUCCGGCUGGUGCUCAAAGGAGAGGAGGUCCUGCAGACCCUGCAAGACAAGGGGGAGAAGACCAACCCCAACCACCCAACUCUCUGGAGACCAGAGUAUGGCAGCUACAUGAUUGAAGGCACCCCAGGACAGCCCUACGGGGGCACAAUGUCAGAGUUCAACACCGUGGAAGAUAACAUGGGCAAGCGCAGGAAGGAGGCCUCUUCAGUACUGAAAGAGAAUGAGACCCUCUGCACCAUCACCUCAUUCCCAAGGCUGGGCUGCCCAGGCUUCACUCUGCCAGAGUAUGAACCCAAGCCUGUUGAUAAAGGAGCAUCCAAGUCCAUUUUUUUCCCUGAUGAGGCCAUUAACAGACACCCAAGGUUUAGUACUUUGACGAGAAACAUCCGGCACCGGCGAGGAGAGAAGAUAGUCAUCAACAUACCCAUUUUUAAAGACAGACACACCCCGGUGCCUUUUGUUGAGAAAUUCCCUGAUGACAGUGGUGAGGCAGCAAGGGCAGCUCUGCCUGACCAUAUCUACAUGGACGCCAUGGGCUUUGGAAUGGGCAACUGCUGUCUUCAAGUAACAUUCCAAGCUUGCAGCAUCUACGAAGCAAGAUAUUUAUAUGAUCAACUGGCCACAAUUUGCCCAAUUGUUAUGGCUCUUAGCGCAGCUUCUCCGUUUUAUAGAGGCUACGUGUCCGACAUUGACUGUCGCUGGGGAGUUGUUUCGGCUUCAGCAGAUGACCGAACCCGAGAGGAAAGGGGACUGGAGCCCCUGAAAACUAAUAAAUUUCGGAUCCAUAAAUCAAGAUAUGAUUCCAUUGACAGCUACCUCUCCCCCUGUGGUGAGAAAUACAAUGACAUAGAAUUAACCAAGGAUGAGCAGAUUGAAAAACAGCUUUUGGAAGCAGGGAUCGACAAGCUCCUGGCACAGCAUAUAGCCCAUCUCUUCAUCCGGGACCCUCUGGCUCUUUUUGAGGAGAAAAUUCACAUAGAUGAUAAAAAUGAGUCUGACCAUUUUGAGAACAUUCAGUCAACCAACUGGCAGACAAUGAGGUUUAAACCACCUCCACCCAAUUCGGACAUUGGAUGGAGAGUCGAGUUUCGCCCAAUGGAGGUCCAGCUGACAGAUUUUGAAAACUCUGCAUACGUUGUUUUUGUGGUAUUACUCACCCGCGUGAUUCUGUCAUACAAGCUAGACUUUCUCAUUCCACUGUCAAAGGUUGAUGAAAACAUGAAGGUUGCUCAGAAACGAAAUGCUGUGCUUGAGGGCAAGUUUUACUUCCGAAAGGACAUUUUUAAAGGCUGUAAUCCCAUAGCUGAUGGCUCUGCUACCACCCAGAAUGGGCUCAACGGUGACACUGAGGAAUAUGCCCUAAUGAGCAUUGACACAAUCAUAAAUGGAAAGGAAGGUGUCUUUCAAGGUCUAAUACCAAUUCUUAACUGCUAUCUGGAGAACAUGGAGGUGGACGUGGAGACACGGUGCACCAUCUUAAACUAUCUGAAACUGAUCAAGAAGAGAGCUUCAGGGGAGCUAAUGACCAUGGCCCGAUGGAUGAGGGAGUUUGUUUCCAAGCACCCAGAAUACAAGCAGGACAGUGUGAUAACUGAUAAAAUCAACUACGACCUCCUUCUGCUGUGUGACAGGAUUGCAAAGGGAGCAGCGCAUUGCCCGGAGCUCAUUGAUGAAUGUUCUGGCUUGAAGACAAUAAUCUCAACCACUGUGGUAAAUAAAUAUUUUCACAUAUUGUCCAUUCUACUGAUAUUGUAUAGAUAACUUGCACAAAAGUAGCACUGUACCAGAAAAUCAGGUGAAGCUGAACAAUAUUUUUGGCAUUUUAGUGAAGAGAUUGAAAGUAGGCCUUGAAAUAAAUUGGAGAUGCUCAGUG